AUGGCGACAUCAACAUCACUACCACCCCUAACGUCCUCGACAGCAUCCUACGUCGUCGCGACAGCCAUCGUCGCUGGAGUCACGGGCUUUUUCAUCGGACAGGGCGCCGCGCUGGGUCUGUUCUCGUCGAAAUCGACCCAGAAGAAGAGCUGGCCGAAUAGCUAUGAUGUGAAAGUGCAUAGGGGGUCUUCGGAUGAAGAAGAAAGUGAAGAAGAAGAGGAAGAGGAAGAGGAGGAGGAGGAGGAGGGAGGAGAAUUGGCGAAUUUCGAAGGGAAUAAUGAAGAAGUUAAGCUUGUGUUGGUUGUUAGGACGGAUUUGGGUAUGACGAAGGGCAAAAUCGCCGCGCAAUGCGGCCAUGCCACUCUCGCUUGCUACAAAUAUUAUCUUUCCAAUUCGCCCAAUUCCCCUAUUCUCCGUCGUUGGGAGCGCGGUGGCCAGGCAAAGGUUGCUUUGCAAGUGAAGUCGGAAGAGGAUAUACUGCUUCUCCAGGCGCAGGCGCUCAGUCUGGGACUCUGCGCUCGCGUCAUUCAGGAUGCAGGCCGCACGCAGAUUGCCAGUGGUAGCAGGACGGUGUUAGGAAUACUGGGACCGAAGAGUGUGGUCGAUAGCGUGACGGGGCAUUUGAAGUUAGUAACAAUAUCUCUGGUUGAUAUAUUUCUCUCUUCACCCAACCUACGUCCCAGCCUCAUUAUUCAACCCGCCAAAAUGGCGGAUGCUCUUUCGAUCGAGCAGAACAACAAAAUCCGGGUGGCACUGGGUCUGAAACCCCUUCCUGUCCCCGGUGCUGCCCCCGCCACCGGUCUGACGUUCAAGGAGUCCAAGUCCGACGAUGCAGGCUCGGGCUCUGAGCAAGAAGACCCCGGUAGUACACUCGAGUCGCGUUCUGCGCAGGCUGGUGACAACUGGCGGAAACACCAGGAGGAAAUAGACGCAAAGCGCAGACGUGAUGAGAAGAACGCCGCGAUCAAGAGAGCCCGCGAAGCUGCGCAGCGGAAUCGUCAGCUGGAGGGCCAGACGCUUGGUGAACUGGACGAUGCGAGCACCGAUACCAAAACCUGGCUGAUGCAGGCGAAGAAGAAGCAGAAGAAGAUCGAGAAGGAGCGAGCUCGCAAGCUGGCGGAGGAACUGGCUGAGCGGGAACGUAUAGCGGAAUACACGGCGGCUGAUCUGGCUGGUGUUAAGGUCGGGCAUGAAAUCGCCGAUCUCGAGGCCGGCGGAGAGCAGAUUCUUACGCUGAGGGAUACUACGAUCGAUGAGAAUGAGGAGGAGGGUGAUGAGCUGGAAAAUCUCGAGCUGCGUGAACAGGAAAAGCUGAAGGAAAGACUGGAGCUGAAGAAGAAACGGACGGCAUAUGAUCCGACAGAGGAGUCUUCUGGCAUUCUGGGCCACUACGAUGAAGAGAUUGAGGGAAAGAAGCGGAAACGCUUUACGCUUGAUGGUCAAGGUUCCACUGCGGAGGAGCGAGAGGCCAAGCGACAAGAUGUCUCACAGAAGCUGAAGGCGCACGCCAUCAGUCUGGACAUUGCUCCCGAGCCCGCCGCUCCGGUUUCUGAUUAUAUGGAUAUCAGCGAGGUCAAGAUCAAGAAGCCAAAGAAGAAGAAGGCCAAGUCCACCCGACAAAGGGUCAUUGACGAUGACGAUAUUUUCCCGACUGCCGAAUCUACAGGCUCUCCAGCGGGUGCUACGAGUAAUGGAGAUUCCAUGGAUGUCGACUCUGCUACGAAUGGACUGGCACCAGCAGUCCGUAAACGCAGUGAAGAGACGUCUUUCGUCGACGACGAAGAUUUACAAGCUUCUCUAGCUCUGCAGAGACGCGCCGCUUUCAAGAAGCGCAAGAAGAUGCGACCAGAGGACCUUGCUCGACAGCUCCGGGAAGAAGAGUCUCAAACUCCCAUGGAAACCGGAGAGGAAGAAGAGCCCGGCUUGGUUAUCGAUGAGACCUCCGAGUUCGUCUCCAACCUACAGAGACCUACACUUCCAGAGCGUCGUGAACGCCGUUCUACUACCCCAGCGGCCCGGGAGCCGUCUGUCAAGGAAGAGUCCCCUGAUGUUGACAUGGAACGGGUCUACAAUGAGGUCGAGGAUGAGGAGGAGCUCAAAGAGCGCAUCAAGAGAGAAGAGUCGAUUAAGAAAGAAGGUGGUGUGCCGCCGGAGAUCAGCGUCACCGGUCUGGACGAAGAAGCGACGCUUGACCAGGGUCUGGGGGCCACUCUGUCGAUGCUGCGGCAGCGCGGUCUCGUCAAACAGACGGAUGCGACCGAGCUCAACUCCCUCCAUCGCGACCGCCAGCGCUUCCUGCAGGAGAAGUACCGCCGUGAGACUGAAGCGGAGAAACGGGCUCGGCUGCAGCGUGAGCGGAACCGCACGUCGGGCAAGCUGGACCGCAUGUCGGCCCGGGAACGCGAGGAGUAUGCUCAGUGGGAGAACAAGCAGCGCGACCAGCAGGAAUCGCGCCAGAUGGCGGAGAUCUUCAAUCGCGAGUACAAGCCCGAUGUGCAGCUGAAGUACGUCGACGAGCAUGGUCGGUUGAUGAACCAGAAGGAGGCGUUCAAGCACCUGAGCCACCAGUUCCACGGCAAGGGCAGCGGGCGCAUGAAGACCGAGAAGCACCUGAAGAAGAUCGAGGAGGAGAAGAAACGGGAGGCGAUGAGCGCGCUGGACAGCAGCCAGCACACGGGCAUGAACAACGCGAUGGGCGACGCAGCCCGUCGGAACCGCCAGGCCGGUGUGAGAUUGGGGUAA